AUGUCUUCCAGCCAGGUCAACGUCUUUCAAUCAACUGCGCUGUUGGCUUUGGCCGUGGCAGUAAUCUCGAUGACAAUAUGGGUCGUUUCCAAAGCAAUUUCUGGCCCGCUUUCAGCGGUGCCAGGGCCAUGGCAUACCAGAUUCACCAGCGCUGUGACGAAGUUUAAGAUCUUGGCCGGGCAACGCAUCUUCUAUGUGCAUGAGCUACACCAGAAGUACGGACCGGUGGUCAGGGUCGAACCGCGAGAAGUCGUCGUCUCGGAUCUGGACGCCUUCCGAGAAGUUCACCGCAUUGGCAGCGGAUUCGUCAAGUCCGACUGGUACAAAAGAUCCACGCCAGGAAUCGAAGACAACAUCUUUGCAAUGACGAACGUCCAGGAGCAUGCCGCUCGGAGAAGGCUGCUUGCGCGCCCGUUUAGCAGAUCGUCGCUCUUGGCGAAUUUCCAGGAUCUGGUCUCGGAGCGCGCACGACUGGCUGUCUCCAAGAUGAAAGAGGAGACUAGUCGAGGAGAUUGCGACGUGAUGAAGUGGUGGACAUUAAUGGCUACCGAUGUCAUUUCACAAGUGGCGUUCGGAGAUGAAUCUCGUCUUCUCGAAGCCGGGCAAAAAAGUAGCUACAUCAAGGAUCUCGAGCUGGCUACCAUGAUCUUCGGGAUUCAAGGAGAGGUCCCAUGGCUAUAUCGGCUUAUGCGCCUGGUCGCACCUGGAUUUACACGAAAGUGCGAUGCAGCUCUUCAGAAUGUGAUUGACUAUGGGCUGUUGGCGGCGAGCCGGGCCAAGGAAGCCUCUCUGUCGCGACACAACAUCAUCAAGGGUCUACUCGACGCAAGCAAAACCGAAGGAACCACCUUGACGGACUUCAGCCUGGGCUCGCAAGCCUCUGCCCUAAUCGUAGCCGGGUCCGGCACGACCGCAGUCACCCUCACCUAUGCUGUCUGGGCCAUCCUCAGGCACCCGACCGUGCGGCAAAAGUUGGAAGAAGAGGUGAAGCAUCUGCCAGACGACUACGAUGACACAGCUUUGGAGAAGCUGCCGUACUUGGAGGCCGUCAUCACUGAAACUUUGAGGCUCUACGGAUCCGCCCCAGGGGCACUACCUCGCACCGCACCCGCCAAAGGUAUCGAAGUAAAUGGCAUGUACAUUCCGCCGGGGGUCACUCUGACUACACAAAGCUAUACCAUGCACCGCGAUCCUUCGAUUUUUAAGAACCCAGAAAUGUUCGAUCCCGAUCGAUUCUAUCUGAAACCUGUUCAGGGUGCGCAGAAAUAUGCGUUUGCACCUUUCGGAGGUGGGACACGGAUUUGUCUGGGCAUCCAUCUGGCCCAAAUGGAGCUGCGGCACGGGCUGGCAGAGUUCUUCCGUGAAUGUCGCGAUUUCGAGCUCUCGGAAGCGACCACGCCCAGUUCGAUGGCGAUGGAGAACUACUUUUUGAUCAAUCCGGUCAGCAAGCGCUGUAUGGUCAAAAGAACAACACCCUCAGAUAGUUAG